AUGGGUCGUCCUCCGAAGAAGGCUGCUGCUACCCUGAAGAAUGGUAUUGUUGAGCGCUCGCCGCUGGAUAAGGGUCACCAGUCGGAGCCUGCUACACCGAAGCGGAUGCUAAAGGAGACGGUCGGUCCGUUUGCCGCUGAUGACACCGGGGUGUCGUUGGAGAAGAAGUUGGCCUCGUUGAGCUUCAAGACCCUGGAGGAUAAUACAUAUGGGGAGACAAACACUGCAGUGGAAGGAAAGGGGAAAGAGGCUGAGGCAAAUGCGCCGGCUGUGGAAGUCCAGGAGCGUCUGGAUCCUGUGCGCGCUGCGGAGAUCGUGGCGCUUGCAGACUACACGCUUACCCUGCUGAUCCCGCAGGAGUUCGAGAAGGAAGUUCCACGCACCAUUGAUACAAUGAAGGAGCUCCUGGCCGUGUGGAAGAAGGCACUGGCACCGCACAUGCAGAAGUCAACGAAGAUGCAGACUCUGCUGCCGGCUUACCUGUCAAAGAAGUGCUUUAGGAGGCUGCAAGUCACGUUUCGGGAGGUUGCGGAUGCGAACUAUGUCUGGUGCCGUCGCGUGGCGCACAUCUGCGCGGAUGGGAAGACGAAGCUGUUUUUGGACUGGCAGCAUCCGCAGAAUCUGCUGUGCAUUAAGGAGCGCGCGCAGAACCCGGAUGCCAUCGAUGUGCUGCUGAAGGGGGUCCCUGCUGAGAUUUCACCGGAUAUGAUCUACAAACUUCUCAUCACGACUCCGCUAGAGAAGCGUGGCCGUCCCCCGUACCAGUCUGGUGCCACUUUUCAUGGGGUGGUGGAUCCUGUUACGGGAGCGGACACUCAUAAGAUAAAGGGGUUGAUCUGGAACCUUGACAGCCGCCUCCCAUCCCUCGUGAGCAGCUGCAACGCAUCUGCUCUAUGCGACGACGAAGAAGAUUCUCCGGGACCCGGCGGUGACCUCGGUUUCCUCGGGAGGCAGCAGGGAGGACUGGAUCUGUGUCCAGGAGGCGUGCGCAAAGACGAAGGGGUCAAGCUUCUCACAGGCACUGUCCAUGUGCGCUCCGUCCAGCAGUGCACCGCGCUCCUGAAAGGGGGGGAUGCUACACGUGCAAGCAAGGGAAAGGUGAACCUGACGGCGAUCCACAAGGAGUUCGCGCUGUGA